AUGCCAGCAAAGCAAAUUAUCUUUGACGAAGAAGCAAGGGUAGCACUCAAACGCGGUGCUGAUACGCUCGCUAAUGCCGUGAAAGUUACCCUUGGUCCACGCGGCAGAAAUGUAGUCAUCCAAAAAUCUUUCGGUGCCCCGUUGGUAACUUGCGAUGGUGUCACCGUCGCAAAAGAAAUUGAGCUCCCGGACCCGUACGAAAAUAUGGGUGCCCAACUGCUGGAAUCCAUCGCCACUAAAACAAACGACGUUGCCGGAGAUGGAACGACCACUGCUACGCUGUUGGGGCAGGAAAUUCUUCAUGAAGGUCUGAAAAACGUCACGGCGGGUGCCGACCCGAUGCAGUUGAAAAUCGGUAUAGAUAAAGCUGUGGGUGCCGUUGUUGAUGCAAUCUCUGCACAGAGUCGUGCUGUGAAUACGCAUGAAGAAAUUCUACAGGUAGCCUCAAUAGCUGCGAAUGACCCAGCGAACGAUAGCAACAUCGGUACGAUUGUGGCUGAAUCCAUCGAGAAAGUUGGAAAUGACGGUGCGAUCACAAUUGAGGAAGGUAACACCUCAGAAACCAUGGUUGACAUCGUUGAGGGGAUGCAGUUUGAUCGCGGUUUUUUAUCAUCGAAUUUCGUAACGGACCUACAAGCACAAGUCGUCGAAUUUGAGAACCCGUUUGUUCUCAUUAACACCGAAAAAAUUUCCACAGUAAUGGACCUCGCACCCAUUAUGGAAAAGGCGGUGCAACUUGCGCGACCGCUGUUCAUUAUUGCUGAAGAUGUAGAAGGCGAGGCACUUUCAGCCUUGGUCGUGAAUAAACUCCGCGGCGUACUCCAGGUUGCGGCAGUAAAAUCCCCUGGUUUCGGUGAUCGACGCAAAGAGAUGUUAGAAGACAUCGCAACCCUGACGGGUGGGCAAGUCGUUUCUGAAGAGACGGGUAUCCGCUUGGAAAACGUUGUUAUCGGUAUGCUCGGCACUGCCCGACGCGUCAUCGUUGACAAGGAUAACACGACAAUCGUCGGCGGCAGUGGCGCGAAAGCGAAUGUGGAGGGGAAGAGUCGCGCAGAUCCGUAA